AUGCCCGCUGUUAAUGAAGUAGCGCCCGUGAGAAGUAACCAGGACUUCAUCGAUAAGGACAGAGAAAUCAAUAUGCUCCGUAGGAAACUGAAUGCGGCCGAACGGGAAAGGGAUGAGUUCAAAAAGAGCGCCGAGGAGUUGUCUGAGAAGUUGUCUAAUGAGCGAUGGACGUCAAGGGCCAAACAAGCAUGGUUGAAGAGGUCGAUGGAGGACAUGGCAUUAUUGGAAGCGGCUAACAAUGCUCUGUCGAAGGCUAUGUCCACCCUGCGACGUAACAUCGGGGACGGCAUUAAUUCGUGA